AUGGAUCUGUGGAUCUUCAUAAUUAACGUGUUUCUUUUUUCACUAUCCGUGGCUUAUUUAUUCGUUAAACGACGUUUUUCAUAUUGGAAUCGCCGAGAGAUUCCUCACGAUAAACCGUGUUUUCCUGGAGGAAAUGUCAAACCUAACUGCCACAUUAACGAAAGUAUUCGUCAAAAUUACUUUAAAUUCAAAGAAACUGGACCAUUUGGUGGAUUUUUUAUGAAUCUUCAACCAGCUGUUGUUGUUUAUGAUCUUGAUUUGAUCAAAAACAUCCUUGUUAAGGAUUUUCAUAAUUUUACCGAAAGAGGAUUAUUUCAUAAUGAAAAAGAUGAUCCACUGAGUGGCAACUUAUUUCGCCUCGAUGAAACUAAAUGGAAACACUUUCGAAGUCAACUUUCUCCAUCGUUUUCUGGAAUCCGGAUGAAAGAUAUGUUCCUAACAAUUGUGUCAAUUGGUCAAAAUUUGGUGGAAACCUUUGAUGAUAUUGUCGAUGUUCCAAGUACGGUUGUUGAAAUGAAUGAAAUAAUCGCCCGAUAUGUCACUGAUGUCAAUGGAAAUUGUGUGUUUGGUCUCGAUUGUAAUAGUUUGAAUGACAAAAAUGCUGACUUUUUUCGAACUGUCAAAGAUAUGCCCGGAUUGAAACUUCAUUCGAAAUUAGUCAGCAUAUUGAUAUCUAGCUUUCCGAAAUUGGCUCAAAAACUACGAAUGCGAAUAACUCAUGAAGAUUUACAUAAUUUUUUUCUGCGAAUUGUGCGUGAAACUAUCAAAUAUCGUGAAAAGAAUUCAGUGAAACGAAAUGAUUUUCUCAAUUUAAUGAUUGAAUUGAAAAAUAUUGACGCAGAUUUGAGUUUGGGAAAGAUUGCUGGUCAAACGUUUGCAUAUUUUUUCGCUGGUUAUGAAAAUUCUACGGCUGCUAUUGGAUUGACAUUGUACGAACUUGCGCUAAAUGAAGACAUUCAAGACAAAUUGAGAGCGGAAAUUGUGAAUCGGAUGGAAAAACAUCGACAAAGGUUAACUUUUGAGUGUAUGAUGGAAAUGAAAUAUUUAAAAAAAGUUGUCAAAGAAAGUCUUCGAAAAUAUCCAAUAGUUCCGUUUCUAUUGCGAUUAGCUAAAAAUGAUUAUCCCACAUCUGAUCCAAAGUAUACGAUUCCGAAAGGAACGAUUGUUAUUAUACCAACUGAUGCAAUUCAAAAUGAUCCAGAUGUUUAUGUCGAUUCAGAACAAUUUGAUCCAGAGCGAUUUAGACCAGAAGAAGUUCAACUUAGAAAUACUACAACAUGGUUGCCGUUCGGAGAAGGUCCAAGACAUUGUAUAGGUUUGAGAUUUGCUAAGAUGCAAAUUUAUGUUGCUUUAAUUUUAUUGCUGAAAAAUUAUAAAUUUUAUUCGUGUUUGAAGACAAAAAAUCCAGUCGAAUGGGAUCCAAAGAAGAAAGUUCUUGGUGCAAAAGAUGGAAUUUUUUUGCAUGUGGAACAUAUUUAGA